UUUACUGUCAUUUUAGUCUAUCACUCCAAUAACGACAAGUGGACCAUCAUGUCCACCCAGGCUCCCGCUCUCCCACCCUAUCCCCUCCAUGAAUCAGUCAGAGACAAAUUGAGUCCUCAGUAUGUCGCUUUCUACAACCAAUACAUAAUCAACAAUCAGCAGGUCCACUACCAGCCUGUGGAAGCAUCACGCACAAGCGGUACGCUGAUUCCCGGGGGCGGCCCACUUCUCACUGUCGGUCAAACCAAAGACAUCUCUAUUCAACGACGGGCAAGUGAUGGGCCGGAUGUCAAGGUUCGCGUGUUCACUCCGGCAGGGGGAAAGCCGCGCGGUGGAUGGCCUUCUCUGCUAUAUUUUCAUGGUGGCGGAUGGGUACUCGGAACAAUCGACACUGAAAACACAGUCUGUACCAAUAUCUGCGUCCGAGCGAAUUGCGUCGUGAUUACGGUUGAUUAUCGCCUUGCACCGGAAAAUCGUUGGCCGGCCGCAGUACAUGAUAGCUGGGAAGCAUUUCAAUGGCUUAUCACCGAUGGAGUCUCUACACUGGCGAUCGACCUAUCUCAGAUGGCUGUCGGCGGAUCAUCGGCAGGUGGUAAUCUCGCAGCUAUCGUGUCUCAGAAAGCUCUCGCAUUGUCACCACCUGUGCGUUUUAAAUCACAGGUGCUCUCGGUCCCCGUUACCGAUAACACAGCCACGGUGACUAACAAUCAAUCGUACGCCUUAUACGAGCAGACUGCCGCUCUGCCGGCGGACAAGAUGCUUUGGUAUCGAAAACACUAUUUGCCCGAUGAGUCUGACUGGGUGCAUCCUGAGGCAAGCCCCCUCUUCUAUGAAGGAGACUGGUCGCAACUUCCACGCGCUUUGAUUCUGGUCGCCGAAUUAGACGUCCUUCGGGCAGAAGGUGAGGGGUAUGCGGAGAAAUUGCGAGCCGCUGGCGUACCUGUGGAUCUAUAUGUUAUGGAGGGAAUGCCGCAUCCAUUUCUCGCUAUGGAUGGGGUGCUGGAGCAGGGAAAGAGGGCAAUUAGUUUGAUGUGUGACACACUACACAGAGAAUUCUGGAGUAAAUAA